AUGCUCCCCUCUUGGAUGGGUGAGCUUCAAUCAGCAUCAGUUUCUUUCCCAGCAGUCAACAUUCUCCUCUCCAUCACGGCAUUUCUGGGUAAUUCUCUUACCCUUGUUGCCCUUCACAAAAUAUCUUCCCUCCACCCGCCGUCCAAACUCUUGUAUCGUUGUCUGGCGACAACUGAUCUGUUGGUUGGUCUUGUUGCUCAGCCUCUCUAUGUUACUUAUUUGAUGUCCGUGGUUCACGAACACUGGAGCCUUUGUCAUUACGCAAUAAAAGCAGCUUACAUCACAAGCGUAGCAUUAUGUGGAGUUUCUUUGCUGACGAUGACGGUAAUAAGCGUGGACAGGCUUCUCGCCCUGUUAUUGGGGCUGAGAUAUAGAGAGAUUGUAAAUUUGAAGGGUGUUUAUAUCACUAUAGCUAGCUUCUGGGUUUUAUGUCUUGUCGCCUCUUUACGCAUCAUUUUCGAUCAGCGUAAAACCGCUUUGUAUACCCGGAUAUUGAUACCACUUUCGCUGCUUAUUUCACUCGCCUCGUACACAAAGAUUUUUCGCACUAUUAGACAUCAUCAGGCACAAUUUCAACAACAGCCAAGCCAACCAAAUGCACUGAACAUGGCGCGAUACAGAAAAGCAGUGCAUAGUGCACUGUGGGUACAGUCAGUUUUAGUUGUUUGUUAUACACCAUACUAUAUUAUGGGAAUUGUAGUCACUUAUAGUACAACAUACUCAUCACACUUAGUCGUCACAAGUGAAAUGGCAACUAUUCUUGUUUACUUUAACUCGACGUUAAACCCGUUCCUAUACUGCUGGAAGAUUAGCGAGGUAAGACGAGCAAUGAAGCAGACAAUCAGACAAGCACUUUGCUGUCCAUGGAGUUAGACCAUCCUCGAGUUAUAUAUGAUCGUAUAAGUACUUUCAGUGCAAAGCUAACCGAUAGAGAACGCUUGUCGCUUAAAUUUUUGCUCGAGGUCUGUCGAUAGUUUUUUUUGCUAGUCACGUAAAACAAAAUAAAGGAAAGGUAAUGGAAACACAAACCAAAAACUUUUAAAAAAAUAUUUUUUUCAUGCUACUAAACUUCUUUUUGAGUACAUAAAUUAUUAAUCCAAGGAAAGAUAUACGUGCACAAGAGGAUAUAUAAUCUCUUAUAAUCCCUUGAAUUAAAUUAUACUCUCAUGAAUGUUAUUACAAGAAAGCGAAAUGAAAUAAAAUUGACUAUAACAGUUUUUAUUAAAGACUACGCGGGAUGCGGUUUCAGAGGGUUGCUGCUCCAGUGCCGAUCGAUCCUUCAUUAAAUUAAACAUUUACACGGAUUAUCAUGAAUGUUUUGAAUUAAUUAACGAUAUAUUUUACAAAGUACAAGUUAACGAGCUUUAAAUAGCCUAUACUGAGUUAAUAAUAUUAUAAAUUUGUUCAGUUUCUCAUUAAAUAAUGGCUCUACCUUCUCGAACGCACGUGUACGCUUGUUAAAAUCCUACCUGACAUAAAAAAUUGAAACAGGGCUUUUGUUUCGCAUUCUUGGAGUUCCGGUAAUUCGAGUUUUCAUUGAACGAAUCGGUUGACAAUGAUGCACAUGUGAAAGUUUUAAAGAAAUCUGCCGGAAAAUUUUCCUCUGAACAGUUCAGUCGACCAAAACGACACAGUGCAGAUGUAGGUAACGAAUGAUAUUGUCUAUUGAAUCUAAAGCUCGUUUUAAAGCUGCUAAUUAAGAGACAGACCAUGUGGGUUUUUCUAGGUGAGCGAGACGCUGAGCGUUUAGUUCGAUUUAAAGACUGCAUUUAGCGAACAUCAACAGAUGUAUCAAAACCGUUUGCUUCGAAAAACUGAAAAGCUAAAAUGAGUCCGCAGUGAAGACCGUCAAACGAAUUAAUCCUUUGUAAACAAUAUCAAAGCAUUGGAUAAAACUUAAAAAGUGGUGUAAGAGUGGUCGUCUGUGAAAAUCGAGCAGAGGUGUUGAAAAUGAAAAAAUUGAAAUUUUUUCAAACUUUGCCAGAACAUAGGUAUAACUGUCCUUAGUUAUGGAAAAAUAUCAAAAAUGCCGAAAAAAAAUUAUGUUGGGAGAACGGUGGCAUUUUGUGUUUUGGGGGUUCAUAACCGUGUUUUCCCGGUGAAACAGUGCACCUAAAGAUAAUGGCCGAAAAAAACUUAUUUCACCAGCAAUUCGGAAACAACAUAACAAUUCUAAAACAAGAGAUAUUUUUCAAAGGUUCUGAAGUAUUUUUUCCAAGAUUCCUGGAAAAAACGAUUUUUUUUACAAAUUUUCUAAUUCAGGUGAAAUUUCAUCCAUCAAAACAUAGCUCAACUUUGGCGACUAAAAUCGGCCAUUAUCACAUGGCUCCAUAAACUGACCAUGAGACAAUAAUCAUUGUCAAGAACAAGGCUUCUUCUUUUAGAAACUGCAAUAAAAUUUUUGGGCUAUUUAAACCACUAAUUUUUAGAGCGAUUUAUAUUAGAGGCGCGUUACGUGACCAACGUGACUUGCACGUCAUAUUAAGAAAAACAUUACCAAAACACUCGAAUUCCCUCUUAUUUCAUAUAAAAACUUCGAAACAGGUCUCUUUCAUAUUAAAUAUACAUAUAAUUUUCUCCUGAAGCCAAAAGUCAAGGCAAUCUGGGCAAUCUUCGAUAGUCUAGUAUAUGCAAAUUGCUGGUUUAUGUUGUUACAACGGUCAUAUUCGCAACUAAUACCAACCCAACGAUAACAAAAACUUUUUUAACAUCAGAAGGAAUUGCCCAGGCUAUAAUUACACAAAAUGUUACCUUUAGAAGUGGUUUCCAUGCCAAGAGCAUGCACUUUAGCCCGCUCCACCCUUUUCAAAACUUAUCCAUGUGAUUGCGUUACACACAGGAAGUCGAUUAAGUGAGAAUGAUACAGAAGAUGACCAACGUUUUUAACAGAACAAGGUUAGUCUUUAUAAAAUCCUUUCGAUCUAAAACAUGUGUAUGUAAACGUGAGGUUUUCACUGCCAAUUUUCUUGUAACAAAGCUACAAAGGGAUAAUGUCGUAUCGUAGCUGUGUACGACGCAUAUGCUCCUAUUGUACUUAUUUCUCUCGAAGCAGUUGGAAUAAUGUUGGUGUCCCUCUAUUCCAGGAGUUAUUACUUUCUGAAUACGAAGACUAUGGUCACUUCCAGCUGGAAAGUUCCUAUUUUUCUUUGCACGUACACGGAUUUAUCAGUUCGUUGAUCAGACGAACGUAUGGCGCUUUUCGUGUAGCAGGAAGGGAAUCAAUUUCCAAUUGGAAAUAUGUGCAUAUAUCUUGAAGGAAAGAAAUAAUGAAACGAGUAAGCUUGUUCGUGAGCUGAGGAGUAUGUCAUUUCUUCAUCAAUGGCUGGUACAUCGAUCUCUGCUACCGAUUCCGCCUGUUUGAUCUUUGCUACUGACCUUGAGAAGUACGACUUUAUCUGCUGUGGUGAUAAAAACUCGCCAACAGCAAAUCGACGCUCUCCGUUUUCAUUUUUAGCGCGACGCAUAUCACUCGCAACUUGGGAUGGAUCUUCUUUGUAACCAGUCUCCUGGCCAAGUUUGAACUUUUCAUCGAGAUAAUUCUUUUUGGUUUUCGUUGAAAUGCUUUGAUUUCUUAGACGCCCUCAGUGCCCAGCCUUCCGAAAGUUUUGUCGAGCUUGACAUCAGUACAGUAAAGCUGGCCAUUUGAGGUUGUGUUCUUGUUCCUUCUGUCAGCUUUUGCACAUAGAGUAUCUUUGCUUUUAUCAAUGAGGGUAGUUUUCUCUUCUACUAUCCUGAUACUAUCUCUUAUCAAGGUGGCGGUCAGGAUGGAAUUCUGAUGUAUACUCACGUGACCCCCACCGGAACAAGUGUAGAUUUUAAAGCAUAAAGCUUUUGAGACUGUUGCAGAGUCAUGCCUCGAUCACCUCCCGAGAAGACUUCCCAUGUGGAGCCCAAUCCGAUGGACAAGAGCAUUUUUUUUUUAUUGCAUAACCAUCUAGUCCCGAAGUCGUCUCUAUGUCUGGGACAAAUUGAAAGUUCUUUAUGCCUUUCCUCGACUUCAAAUAUACCUGAAAGAGCGAAGUCGUUUACUUGUUCACUCAGAAUGAUAGAAAUAGAAAGCAAAAGAAACAAGCAAACCAAACAAACAAACACACACACACACACACACAAACAAAAACAUAAGACAACGAAACAAACAAACGAAAUUUCAUAUCAUGGGAACUUAGUUUGGUGUAGAGGGUGUGCAAUUCAAUGCGAACCCCGGCCCUCCCCCAGACCCAUUUCGUAUAAUAAUGUAAAUAUAAUGGAUCUUAUUUAUAAUAGUUAUAUAAUAUGUGUACUUAUUAAAUAAAUGAAUAAAUGGAUGAAUAAAUAAAUAAAUAAAUGUAUAAAUGAAGGAAUGAAAGAAGGAAGGAAUGGAUAGAUAAAUAAAUAAAUAAAUUGUAGGCAUGGACCAAUGCUUUAUAUUUCAUGACAACAUAUAAUGCUGACUGGCAUCCCGUUGUCUUGUAUUCAAGCGUUUAUGUGGAUUCAAGAGAUAAAUCUUAAAGCAAAGAUAAAAUCAAGGGCGUUGAACUGUGUCACGUUAUAACCUCAUUGAUCUUAGUGCAAAAUAGAAAAGCAGGAGGGAUACAGUAUUUGCCUUCGCUAAACAUUCUUGACAUGUUUGAUAAUGAGAUAUUUACCUGCUCUGCCGAGAAGAAGAAUGAACUCACUUUUCAGCUGAGCAUCAUGGCAUUUAUAUGUUUUAAGAUGACCUUGGAUGUCUCUUUUGCACUUAGUUAGGACUAUGCAUUUACUUUCUCCACUGGUCUAGCGGGAACUACAAGAACCACCAACGAGCUCGGAGUAGCAACAUGUCGGCAUUUUAGCAAACGAAGCAAUUUCAAACAACGCCGAGCAAGAAAGGGGAAGGUGAAGUAAGCAUUCUCACGCUCAUGGGCUUCCUGUGCGUAACGCAAUCACCAAAGGGUGCGAAAUGAAACUGACUGUAAAUGGUUUUUACAGAGUUUUCCUCCCGAUCGGUCACUUUUUUUAAAUCCUAAAUUAAGGGGGGAGGGGGGAGGGAGACAAUAUUGCAUGAAAAAUAUUGUCGACGUUUGAAAAUAUUUAAUAUAUUCAAGUUUUAUUGAAUCCAUUUCUUCCACUUCCGAGCGAUUUAUUAUUCCUGAUUUUCGCUUCUUUAUUUCUUUAAAGUUGUUUGAUAAACCUCUUUUGGAAUUGAUAAUUAACCACGCUGCAGAAAACGUUUUUUACCACCUAAUCAUCGUCCCAAAAGAAUGACAGUAUAUCUAAAUAAACUGCUAAUUCUGGAAGAUUAGUGAAGUGAGACAAAAAGUGAAGCAGACAAUUAAAGAAACACAUCGCUGAGUCAGGUCUUCCUCGGGUUGUUCUUCAGACUUUCUAUCAACACUUACUCAUUUUUUCUGUCAAAGUCACUUUUCCUUCGUAGGGACAGUUUUUGCCUUAUACUGUGAGUGAUAAAAAAAGGAAAUUAUUUUAUUUUUACCUCUUAGCGCAAAGUUAUUCAAAGAUUAAACAUACCAAGUUGAAUAAACAUGUAAUGUAGUUGUGACGCGCAACGCAGUUAGGCGACAAACAUCCAGCCUCUCUUAAUUGACAAAGACAAUUUGCAGGGAAAUUUGCUAUAAAAAAAACCUUUCUUAAAUUUGGAGGGAACUUUUAGAGUUUAUUGAUGGAAUAACAUGACAGAAUUACCCGUUAAAAAGAAGUUUACAAAAAGCUAUAUUUAAUGCGACUCCUGGGAAGAAAUUAACAGCUCAUGUGACAGAAGAAGCAUGGAGUAUUCGCAUGUUAAAUAAGUGAACCGCAUUACUGAGAAAGUUUCAAUGAAAAGGUCUACGUGAUUGCAGCCUGGCAGGCGCUUUCAAGACAAAAAUAUCUCUCGUUACAUGCCAUUAUAAGUAACCUGAAGAAAAAGCGAAGAAAGUGAUUAUUGAGUAACGAAAUUAAAUGACGAAUAAUUUUUUUUGACAAAGCAUUGUCUCUCGUUUUCAAUAAAUGCGCUAUACCUGAAUAAAAUAAUUGUUCGUCUGAGCGACGAAGGAUUGUCUAUCGCGCUAUAAAAUAUUAACAUUCUCAGAUGUUUUGUUCUUACCUCGUUUCGAUAAAUCAUAGCUGAGGCAAAAGUAAGGCUUUAAGAAAAAUUGGUUCACCAUUUUUUUUUUGUACAGAAUUGACAGUAUUUCCGAGAAUUUCAAACAAGUAAACGCGACUGAAAAAAGUUUUCAUAUGAUUAUUCUGAAAAAAAGUAAAGUUUAAGUGAUCAACGCUGGGCAGGUGCUCUCAAGACGAAAUAUUUCCUUUUGCGAUCACACGUAUUCUGAAGGAAAAAACUAAACGACUACAGAAUGAUAGCGGAAACAAAUCUAACCGAAGAUGGAGCACCCCUUCUUUGGUAAAUAGAUUUCAACCACAGUCCAUCUACUACUCAGCAGUUUACGUUCUCCUCUCCAUCAUAAUCAGUCUGGGGAGUUCUCUUAUCUUUGUUGCCCUUCAUAAGGAAUCUUCCCUUCACCCGCCGUCUAAGGAAUCUUCCCUUCACCCGCCGUCCAAACUCUUGUAUCGUUGUCUGGCAACAAUUGACCUGUUGGUUGGCAUUUUUAGCCAGUCUAUCACGGUUACUUACUAUAUGUCCUUGGUUCACGAACACUGGAGUCUCUGUCGAUACGCAAGGGACGCAGCCUACAUAAUAGGGUAUACAUUAUGCGGAGUGUCUUUGUCAGCGAUGACGGCCAUAAGCGUGGACAGGCUUCUAGCCCUGAUGUUGGGGCUGAGAUACAGACAUACUGUAACUUUGAAGCGCACAUAUCUCAUUGUAGCCAUCUUUUGGGUUUUCUCAAGUUUCGCCGGGUUGUUGUAUUUUUUAAAUUACCGCAUAACCUUAUGGCUUGGCCGUAUAGGCAUAUCACUAUAUUUGCUAACCUCAAUCAUCUUGUACACAAAGAUUUUUUGUAAUCUCCGUCAUCAUCGGGCUGAAUGA